AUGUUUGUUCUUAAUCAAGUAAUUGAUGAAAGAGAAGAGAUUCUUUACGAAUUUUUUGAAAGGAACUUGAAACAACUUCAAUAUUAUGAAGAUGCUUUCAAAAAUAAUAAACAUGAAGAUGAAAGUUCAAUUGUAAAAGCAAUUAAAUUACAUAUAAAAGAAAAAUAUAUUCCUAAUUACAAUAAACAAUAUUAUCAAUAUAAUUUUAUUAAAAAUAAUAUUAAUGUUCGAAAGUUAACUAAAUAUUUAAAGAUUUUUAAAGAAACUAAUAAUAGUGAUUUUAGAAAAUCUUUGUUUGAAUUUGUUGAAAAAUUAAAUUUCUUCUUGUAUGAAGAUUAUUUGAAUUAUACAAUUUGUAGUAAAUUUUAA